AUGGAAGGUUCUUUGUCAGCUAGAACAAAGGGAUACAGUUUACUCUCAGUCGUUCUGCUUCUGAUGAAAUCCAUCAUUCCAUCUUUAAAGCCUCCAAGCUGCUUCAUGGUGUUAAUGAACUGCUCAUUACGCUACCAAAGAAAGAUGUUGGAAGGUAUCAUCUCUCUCUCGAAAACCUCUUUUUCCCAUCUUGCUUUGCUAUUUGACGUUUUGGAGAUUCUGACUUUACAAGGACUUAAAGCACUGAAAGUUGAACUGAAGGGAGGUCUUCCAAAACAGUUCACACAUGAACUGGAACCAUUUCUAUGGAAGCAAAGUACGUGA